CCCGGGGCGCAGAGCUGCGCGGAUCGGCGCGGAGCAGCGCGGAGCGGCGCGGAGGCGGGGCGCUGCGAUGUGCAGGAUGUCGUUCAAGAAGGAAACACCACUCGCUAAUGCUGCGUUUUGGGCUGCAAGAAAAGGAAACCUGGCUCUCCUCCAGCUGCUGCUGAACAGUGGGCGAGUAGAUGUGGACUGCAAAGACAGUCUUGGCACGACAGCUCUGAUGGUAGCAUCUUACUAUGGCCACAUAGAUUGUGUGCGGGAAUUGGUGUUGCAAGGAGCAGAUAUCAAUCUGCAGAGAGAGUCAGGUGCAACUUCUCUGUUCUUUGCUGCACAGCAAGGCCACAACGAUGUAGUGAAGUUUCUCUUUGAAUUUGGAGCCUCCACUGAAUUUAAGAAUAAAGAUGGAGGUACUGCUCUUCUAGCUGCUUGUCAGUACGGGCAUGCAAAAGUAGUGGAAACUCUGUUGAAGCACGGUGCCAACAUUCACGAUCAACUUUAUGAUGGAGCUUCUGCAAUUUUCCUGGCGGCACAAGGAGGCUAUCUGGAUGUCAUCCGAUUGCUGCUUUCUUCAGGAGCAAAGGUUAACCAGCCACGGCAGGAUGGGACGGCACCCUUGUGGAUUGCAUCGCAGAUGGGUCACAGCGAAGUGGUGCGAGUGAUGCUGCUCCGGGGAGCCGAGCGAGAUGCUGCACGGGAUGACGGCACGACCGCUUUACUGAAGGCUGCCAUUAAAGGGUACAACAAUGUGAUAGAAGAGUUGCUGAAAUUCUCUCCUACACUUGGCCUGCUGAAGAACGGGACCUCUGCUCUCCACGCGGCCGUCCUGAGUGGCAACGUGAGGACAGUGGCACUGCUCCUCGAAGCAGGAGCGGACCCUUGCCUGAGGAACAAGGCAAAUGAACUGCCAGCUGAGCUAACAAAAAAUGAACGCAUCCUCCGACUCCUCCGCACGAAGGAAAAGCAAAGGAAAAGCUAAUGGAGCCCUGUAGCGAGUGCGGCUUGACAGAGAUGUGCCCUGACCACAGUAGUAUGACAGUCAACCUAGGCUGCCCGAGAAGGGCUUGUUGGGACAGUUUGCAGAACUGAUUAGGCUCUCCAGUACAUGCUCCCUGAACACACAAGGCCCUUGCCCUGGGGUCGCCAGGGGCUAAGGCCUCCACCUGGCAUCGCUGAACGCAGAAGGACUGCGACGAGAGCAGGGUUUGGCCUGGGAGCUGCGUUUGCACCCACCAGUCCCAGCACCAACGUUUGCUCAUCCACGCCUGCAGCGUAUGCAUCCCCACACAUGCAAGUGCCCUGCCGUUUCAGACACACGUCCCUGUACUGGCAUGGCUGCACACCCGUAAUGGGUGCCUUGGGGUGCACUUCUGGGUCGGAGGCAGUCAGCCCUUGUGCCAAAAGGACACCCAGACCUCACAGCUGUUUGGAUGCAGUCAGUGCUGGAGAAGCCCCAUGGUGCUGCUGCCCUCCCCUUGCUGACAGAGCUGACAGAGCUAGCUCAGACCAUUCCUCUCUACCUCCAAGUGCUGCAUGGGGCUAGAGGUGAGAUCCCACCUGCGACAUCGCAACAGGAAACAUCUGCCAGCCCAGGGCUUUGGUAACACUUUGGCUACUACAUGAAGCUCCAUAAAAAUGAUGCAGAGCGUUACAAAUUAUGCCAAAAGCUACCAACCAAACAAUAAGCAAGGAGAUGUCCUCCUCAGUGGUAGCAUCUUGAUCUGUCCAUCUGUCCAUCAAGAGAAACACAGCGGAGCAGUUGAUAGCAUUUUGCAAUGCGUACGCAGUGCUAUGGGGGUCCAUCCCCAACCCUACAGUCUAUGCACACGCAUUUUUGUGGGUAGAGGAGGACCGGUUACUGAGCAAACCAACCGGAGCAUGUCACUCACUGGCACAAGCACAUCAGAAAUUUAUGUCGGGCACAACAGCACAGACUCUAUACAAGUAGUAUACGUAUGUUCUGCACACGCAUGUAUGUGACACUAUGGUUUAGUACCCAUAGUUACUAUGCAACGCACUUGUUCCCCAGGUCUGUGAUGGGAGUUAAGGGACAAGUGUGCAGUGUACAGGUGUUCCAGCAGCUGGUGAGAGGGUUACACAUGGCCACACUCGAACAGGCCUGCUAAUUAAUGUGGGCGUGGCAAAUGAAUGCUCAACAGUAAUUUUGGCUUUUGUUGUGGUUGAGACGCUUGAACACCCUACUAGCCUGUGUGGGGCAGACAGUGCAAAUUGUAGAUGGUUUGUGAAGAGCUAUAUUUUAACCAUGUUGCUGUAAAACACCCCAUUAAAACCCAGCCAUUUUUGCUGUAUAAACAGUAUAUACUAAGUCCUGUUAGCCACAAAAACAUUUGAGAUUAUUUUAUAGUGAGUUGAGGUAUAGUGUUAGCUCAGUACUUAAAUCCACACACUCCACCUGUCUUCAAACCUUGGCAAAUUACUGAAAAAUUGCAUAACAAGUUGAGGACAGAGAAGAUUGUAAGGAAACAAAACUUUCCCCGCUUAAAAAAUGUCUGCCUAGGAUUCAACUGAAUUGUUGCAUUUUUGCUUCUGUGAGUUAAAAAAAAAAUAAUCUUUUAGUGAGCUAGGACAAAUGAAUGUAGUUUACUUAGUGCAAAUUAGCCGUAUAUAUUACCAAAUUAUAAAGUUAUUCUUUUCAUGAGUAAGUUAGGUAAGAAGUCAGGGUUCUGGUGAAGAGAACAGAAGUAGGCAUACCUUUGCUUGUGAACUGGAAUUGCUAUUCCAUUUCUACUCAACAUUAUAAAGGAAAGUAUUAAGUUUUCCAACAACAUGAGAAGACCCUAGAAAAAUCUAUUCGUUUAGGUAAUUCACGCUGCUGUAUUUUUGAAUUAAAAUAAUGUUGUGCCUAACAGAAACUUGCAGACAAACUGGUACAGAACCAAAGAAUUAUGCAAGAUGCUUAGUGGAUGAUUGUAUCCAGGGUUCAAUUCUGCAAAAGACUAAAAAAUAUUGAGCA